CAGCCACGGGAAGCAGAGUUGACAUUUCUGGAUCACUCUCCCCAGAAGCGUCACUAGCCCACUCCCGGGACCUCGCGGUCUCACUGAGCCAGCGCACAGGGACAGCUAGAAGGAGACUCAAGAUGCUUCGGCGGGAAGCACGCUGAACUUGCAGAACCUGGGCUGUUUUUCUUUCUUCCCCUCCCCCCACCUCCUGAGAAACUACGUCUUGACUCAUAUGGUCGAAAGAAAAACUCCUUCGGUUAUUUGAUCUUUUGGAAACCUCCAGGAGACCAUAACUUAUUUGUGAGGAAGUCUCCCUCUUUCUCACUGCCUCUGCUGAGAACACACAACACACACACACACACACCACUCUACACCAUGGUGGUUCAGGCUGCGGUGGCUCCAAAUAGAUCCCAAAGACUUUUGCUGAAAAUACCUUAUGGAUCUCUGAGAAGGCGCAGCGUGGAGAGGAUGACGGAGGGCCGUCGAUGUCAAGUACAUCUUCUUGAUGACAGGAAGCUGGAACUCCUAGUGCAGCCCAAGCUUUUGGCCAAGGAGCUUCUGGACCUUGUGGCAUCUCACUUCAAUCUGAAGGAGAAGGAAUACUUUGGGAUCGCGUUCACAGAUGAGACGGGGCACUUAAACUGGCUUCAACUAGAUCGAAGAGUUUUGGAACAUGACUUCCCUAAAAAGUCAGGACCCGUGGUGUUGUACUUUUGCGUCAGGUUCUACAUAGAAAGCAUUUCCUACUUGAAGGACAACGCCACCAUCGAGCUCUUCUUCCUGAACGCCAAGUCCUGCAUCUAUAAGGAGCUUAUUGACGUUGACAGUGAGGUGGUGUUUGAGUUAGCCUCCUAUAUUUUACAGGAGGCCAAGGGAGAUUUUUCUAGUAACGAAGUGGUACGGAGCGACUUGAAGAAACUGCCCGCCCUUCCCACCCAAGCCCUGAAGGAGCACCCUUCCCUGGCCUACUGUGAAGACAGAGUAAUUGAGCACUAUAAGAAACUGAACGGCCAGACAAGAGGUCAAGCGAUCGUGAACUACAUGAGCAUCGUGGAGUCCCUCCCGACCUACGGGGUUCACUACUAUGCAGUGAAGGACAAGCAGGGUAUCCCGUGGUGGCUGGGCCUGAGCUACAAAGGAAUCUUCCAGUAUGACUACCACGACAAGGUGAAGCCCAGGAAGAUAUUCCAGUGGAGACAGUUGGAAAACCUGUAUUUCAGAGAGAAGAAGUUUUCCGUGGAAGUUCAUGACCCACGAAGGGCGUCUGUGACCAGGAGGACAUUUGGGCAUAGCGGCAUCGCGGUUCACACGUGGUAUGCGUGUCCGGCGUUAAUCAAGUCCAUCUGGGCGAUGGCCAUCAGCCAGCACCAGUUCUACCUGGACAGGAAGCAGAGCAAGUCCAAGAUCCAUGCAGCACGAAGUCUGAGCGAGAUCGCCAUCGACCUGACCGAGACGGGGACGCUGAAGACCUCGAAGCUGGCCAACAUGGGCAGCAAAGGGAAGAUCAUCAGUGGCAGCAGUGGCAGCCUGCUGUCCUCAGGUUCUCAGGAAUCAGAUAGCUCUCAGUCGGCCAAGAAGGACAUGCUGGCUGCCUUGAGAUCCAGGCAGGAAGCUCUGGAGGAGACGCUGCGGCAGAGGCUGGAGGAACUGAAGAAACUCUGUCUCCGGGAAGCUGAGCUCACCGGCAAACUGCCAGUUGAAUAUCCCUUGGAUCCGGGGGAGGAACCACCCAUUGUUCGGAGGAGAAUAGGCACAGCCUUCAAGCUGGAUGAACAGAAGAUCCUGCCCAAAGGAGAGGAAGCCGAGCUGGAGCGCCUGGAACGGGAGUUUGCCAUUCAGUCCCAGAUUACCGAGGCUGCCCGCCGCCUCGCCAGUGACCCCAAUGUCAGCAAAAAACUGAAGAAACAAAGGAAAACCUCUUAUCUGAAUGCACUGAAGAAGCUGCAGGAGAUUGAAAAUGCAAUCAACGAGAACCGCAUCAAGUCCGGGAAGAAACCCACCCAGAGGGCCUCGUUGAUCAUAGACGAUGGAAAUAUUGCCAGUGAAGACAGCUCCCUCUCAGACGCCCUUGUUCUUGAGGAUGAAGACUCUCAGGUUACCAGCACAAUAUCCCCCUUACAUUCUCCUCACAAGGGACUCCCUCCUCGGCCACCAUCGCACAACAGGCCACCUCCUCCCCAGUCCCUGGAGGGCCUCAGGCAGAUGCACUAUCACCGUAGCGACUAUGACAAGUCCCCCAUAAAGCCCAAGAUGUGGAGUGAGUCCUCCUUGGAUGAGCCCUAUGAGAAGGUCAAGAAACGUUCCUCCCACAGCCAUUCCAGCAGCCACAAGCGCUUCCCCAGCACGGGCAGCUGCGCAGAAGCAGGAGGGGGAAGCAACUCCUUGCAGAACAGCCCCAUCCACAGCCUCCCUCACUGGAACUCCCAGUCCAGCAUGCCGUCCACACCAGACCUGCGGGUCCGGAGUCCCCACUAUGUCCAUUCCACAAGGUCAGUGGACAUCAGCCCCACGCGACUGCACAGCCUUGCACUGCACUUUAGACAUCGGAGCUCCAGCCUGGAGUCCCAGGGCAAGCUCCUGGGCUCAGAGAACGACACCGGGAGCCCCGACUUCUACACCCCGAGGACUCGUAGCAGCAACGGCUCGGACCCCAUGGAUGACUGCUCGUCAUGCACCAGCCACUCGAGCUCGGAGCACUACUACCCGGCGCAGAUGAAUGCCAACUACUCAACACUGGCCGAGGACUCGCCAUCCAAGGCGCGCCAGCGGCAGCGGGCACGGGCGCGGGCUGCUGGCGCGCUGGGCGCAGGCAGCUCGGGCAGCAUGCCCAACCUGGCAGCACGUGGAGGUGUUGGGGCCGCGGGGGGCGCAGGCGGCGGCGUGUAUCUGCACAGCCAGAGCCAGCCCAGUUCACAAUACCGCAUCAAGGAGUACCCCCUGUACAUCGAGGGCAGCGCCACGCCCGUGGUGGUGCGCAGCCUGGAGAGCGACCAGGAGGGCCACUACAGCGUCAAAGCGCAGUUCAAGACGUCCAACUCCUACACGGCUGGGGGUCUGUUCAAGGAGAGCUGGCGAGGCGGUGGUGACGAGGGCGACGCGGGCCGCCUGACGCCGUCGCGCUCGCAGAUCCUGAGGACUCCUUCGCUGGGCCGUGAGGGCGCCCACGACAAGGGCGCGGGCCGCGCCGCUGUCUCGGAUGAGCUGCGCCAGUGGUACCAGCGCUCCACUGCCUCGCACAAGGAGCACAGCCGCCUGUCGCACACCAGCUCCACCUCCUCCGACAGCGGCUCGCAGUACAGCACCUCCUCCCAGAGCACCUUCGUGGCGCACAGCAGGGUCACCAGGAUGCCCCAGAUGUGCAAGGCCACGUCAGCUGCCUUACCUCAAAGCCAGAGAAGCUCAACGCCAUCAAGUGAAGUUGGAGCCACGCCUCCAAGCAGUCCCCACCACAUCCUAACCUGGCAGACUGGAGAAGCAACAGAAAACUCACCCAUUAUGGAUGGGUCUGAGUCUCCAACUCACCAAAGUACUGAUGAAUAGAGGUAUCGUAAGGGAAUGUUUUGUUCUUUCUGCCCAUGCCUUUGACUCCCAGAUGUGCUGCCUGUGUGUUGCCUUUCCCUGUGUCAUAGUUUCCAGAAGGAAACUCCCAAAUGAUGGGGAAGCCGUUAUUUUUGUGUCUUACUUCUAGGUAGAAGGGGAACUGUAUGUUUAUAUGUACGUUCUUCCAUCAGAUAUUAGAGACUCCCAAUAUUGUAUGUAUGUAUGUUUAGACUUUUUUGGGCUCUGCGUACAAAUACCUGUAGACAUUUUUUAAUUUAGUAAGUGGUGCCCAUGAAAAGGACUGAGUUGAUCCAGGAUCACCUAAACGUCAACAGAAUUUCACCCUGGCAGUCUUGAGUUACAUCUGAAAGGCAGAGAACCCACUCUGCUUUUCAAAAUGCAGUCCCCUAAGCUAGUGUCAUCAUCACCACAAUGGGAGCUUAUUAGACAGACUCCUGAGCACCACCUGGCUUAAUGAAUCCCACUCUGCAUUUAUCAGGAUCCCUAGGUGAAGGCAAAGCACAGCUCCAGUGUGCAGGGAAAAGUCAUACCUGGUCUGGUUCCUAACUGGGACACAGACAAUGAAAUCAAAUAGCAUUUCAAGGGAUAACGCAACUGCUAAGGACACCAUGCCAAAGUGGAUAAGAAGUUUUAAGCUUGUUAGAUCAAAAAAUGGAACCCUGAGUAUAUUCCAGGAACUGUGCUAACAGUUCCAGGAGUUGACAUUCAAGAAUUUGAAACCUUAUCAGGAGAUGCCAACCAAAGGGAAAUGAGAAACUGCUGUACUUACGUGUAAAUUCUCUGAGAACUUCCCAGGUAGGGACAUCACGGUUGAACUCCUGCAGAUGCUACACUGAGCCCUGCAGUGGGCUUAGCCAGGGGAACUCAAUCGAGAGAGGCCAUUCUAAAGGCAAAAGCACAGAUGCAGAAACAAGGCAGAGGGCGGGGUUUAUAGAGAAAGACCCAGGCUUCAGCCUGAAAAGCAGGUUUAGGACAAGAUCUUGAAGAGAUGGGACAAAGAUGGGACAAUUUUUACUGCAGAUGGGCAUUAUAAAGGAAGAUGUAGGAUCUCAGAGAAGAGAUGUAGGAUGAUGUCAUGAAAGCAACAUUUUUAAAGUAGAAAGAACACCUUUUCUUCCCCUAGACUGGGGGGCCCAAUCAUCUGCUGAGGGCAACAGAGGUGGGAAUGGUAGUAGGAAUUUAACAAUUUUAAAGGGCUGCUGUGGAAGUGUAGUCACAACAGCUUAAAAUACAGACAGCAGCACCUAGGCGGGCUACCUUAGCAUGACCUAAGCAAGUUAGACAGCAUGACUCUGGAGGGCCCUGUCACCUUGCCCCUGGUGCAGACAGUAUUCAAGGCCAGUAUAUACCACCAGUUGGUUUUUUAAGUUAAAUCGUAUUUCUCAAAUAUUAGUAAACUAUGAAGAGAAAUCUGCUGAAAAGGGCAGUGACAAAAUCAAUUUACAAAAUUUAUAUGAAAAUAAUUCCACUGAAAUUCCUCCAAGAUCUUGGGGGUGGGGGGGCAGAGAGAACACUACAUGAAGCAGUUAUAAAGCACGAGCCUCAGUAGAUAUGGAUGACGGAGGUGUGUGAAUUCACCACCUGUCAUCAGAGGGCCCUGGCUUAGACAGGCUGCACAUCUCUGCACAUCCCUGAGUGUCAAGUGAGAAGGGGCAUUCUGGCAGUGGAGAGCCCCCAUCAGCAGUCACCCCUCCCUGGAUCAGGUCUAAGAUUGAGGCUUUGAGACCAUUUCUAGAUCUUUACCAUAUCCCAGCACAGAUGACAGUGAAUAACUGGCCUGAAGUUACUGAGGUGAUUACUUAGUGGCCCUCUGCUUAUGGGUUAUUUGUGAAGAAUAAAUGCUUCCUAAAUGACCUUUUUUUGUUAACUUUGCUUUCCUAGCACAUGGCAUUUCUUGGCUAUUAGCCUCAAACUGAAUUUGUGCUGAAUGAGGGCCAAGGCUGUCACUGAGCAGACAGAACAACAGUUUCUUCAACAAAUGUGAGAAUAAAAAAAGACCGACACAUCAAGUAACAUUUACGGCUUUCAAAACCACACGUUACCUAGCACUUCUGGAGGCCAAGGCAGGAGGAUCACUUGAGCCAGGGGUUUGAGAUUGCUGUGAGCUGUAACGAUGCCAUUCUACCCUGGCCAGGGCAGUAGGGCAAGACCCUGUCUCAAAACACACACAAAAAACCCACAUUAGGUAUUAUACUAAUGGUGGGGACCAUUUCCUAGUGGUCUGUGUGAAACGCUUCAUACUUUCUUCUUUCAUUCCUUUAGUAAAUAAAUUUAAUCUAAACACAAUAAACACAUCACACUAGUCAGAAUCUUUCUGGGUUGCUACUACAGCCCUUUCUGGGUUGCUGUAGCGGCAGGAGGAGGGCUGGCCAGUGCUUUUCACACGGUGGCCCGACAUCCAGAGAUGGUUUCCCUAUUUUAUACACUGGCUUUCUGGCGGAGGGCUGGCCAGUGCUUUUCACACGGUGGCCCGACAUCCAGAGAUGGUUUCCCUAUUUUAUACACUGGCUUUCUCUUUCUUUUUGGAGACCUCAGA